AUGCCCAGCUAUUUAGCCCUGUGGUGGAGCUCUGGAAUUCUGCUCUGCGGGGAGCUGGGGCCCCACCUGAGGACCUGCUCCUCAGCUGGGCGGGCACCUCCUCCUGUGCACACAGCCAGCCUCAGCAUAGUCCUCGCAAGCUGCCCCCGUGCCCUGGCCCCAGCCAUGGCUGUGCAGGUACCCCUGUGGCACCACUACCUGCAGGCCGUCCGCUCGAGGGGGGCGCCCCGGGUGCAGGACUACCAGCGUGCGGAGAAUGUGCUGCUCACGCUGCUGGAGCGCGUGCAUGAGCUGGACCCUCGCUUCCUCGUGGACUACUCCCGUGACCUGGAGGCCUUCCAGUUCGCCCUGCGCUCCUCGGAGGACCCAGUGGACAUGGAGGUGCCCCUGUGGGUGGACGCUGAGGCCCUCCUUGUUGAAGAGUGGGGGGCCGCCGAGGCAGGGGAUGGCCCCGCGUCCUGCCGCCUGGGUGUCUCCAGGGAAGGGGCCAGCCUGGAGCAGUGGACGGCUGAGGACAUCUCUAGCGUCUCUUCGGAGGGUAGUGGCAAGUGCUGCGGCCACAUUGUACCCAGCAAGGUCCUGCGUGUCCUCAAGGACCUUCUGGUGGCGGCCAUUGUGCACUGCAAGCACCAGAGCUUCAUCACACCAGGAUCUCUGAACGUGGACAGCCUGAGGGAGGAGGAGCUGCAUCUGUCCCUGCUGGUGUCCAGUGGCUGGAGAACCAUCCGCUUCAACGUUGUGCCCGUGGUACGGAGAAAGCACAGGGUGCCCGCCCUGGAAGGGGCCCAGCUGAUGCACGGGUUCCCUGAAGGCAGCUUGAAAAGGAUCAUCAGCCAAGAGGUGGCCCUGGUACCAGCCGGUGCCCAGCACUGGAGGGUCUCCACUGAUUACCUGCUCACCAGGCUGCUCGCUGCACUGGGCUCCUUCCCGGGCCACCGCCUGGACAGCCUCUCCAUCCUGGACCGGGUCAACCGCGAGAGCUGGCGCAAUGGCGGCCAGAGCCCCGGCCUGACCUUCCGCCACCUGAAGACCGUGUUGCUGUGGGCCUCGGUGCUCUUCCCGGAGGCGGAGGACUGGGCAGAGCUGCAGGGCGCCGUGUACCGGCUGCUGGUGGUCCUGCUCUGCUGUCUGGCCACCAGGAACCUGCCGCACUUCCUCUACCCCGAGUGGAACCUGCUUCAGGACGCCGGCCUGGACCUCAACUCCCUGUACCAGCGUGUGGAGCACUUUGCCAGCCAGCCGGAGGCCUCCCUGCGCAUCCACGUCACCCACCUGGGCCGCAGCCCCCCCCCACGCAUCGGCCACGGGGUCAAGGCGCUUCUGCAGCUGCCCGCUAGCAACCCGGCCUACUGGGCCACGGCCUACUUUGACGUCCUGCUGGACAAGUUCCAGGUCUUCAACAUCCAGGAUAAGGACCGGAUCUCGGCCAUGCAGAGCAUCUUCUGGAAGACCAAGACUCUGGACAGUGAGGAACGCUGA